AAGAGAAGAAAUGAUAAAAAUUGCACAGCAGAAGAAGAAAGAAAAAAUGGAAGAAAAGCUUGCGAGACAGAAAGUAAAGGAACAGAUAGCUCAGGAUCGAGCUGAGAGAGCUGCUAAAACUAGUGGUGCAGUGUCUCCUCAACAGACUGCUACUACAUUAUCUCCAGCCGCCCCAGUAGAAUCCCCACCAAAGAAAGAAUAUAAUGAAGCAAGGUUACAGAUUCGCCUUCCGAAUGGUUCAGCAAUUACUCAGACGUUUGGAGCCAGUGAACCACUUUCUGCGGUUCGUCUUUAUGUACAACUGAAUCGUGGCGAUGGCGAUGUGGGGCCAUUUUCAUUAAUGACAACAUUCCCACGCAAAAUUUUCAAAGAAGAUGAUAUGGAAACACCCCUCAAAGAACUAGGAUUGGUUCCUUCAUCUGUAGUCAUGGUAACAAAACAGUGAAAAUGAUGUCAUUAAAUUUUGAAUCUGCGAUUUAACAUUGUGUCCAAGGUUUUUUUGACCCCAUGAUGAUCCACAGUGCUUGGCAUUCUAUGCAAUGUACAAUCUAGUUUGUAAAUACUGCAUAUCAACAAUGAGCUCUCACUAGAAUUCAUUUGUCAAUUGUUUAAAAGACUGUUCUGGAAAUUGAUAGAUGUUUCAU